AUGAGCACUCGAAAUGGGAUCAGAAGCUCGGUCUCAAGUCCCUCUAACUAUAAGAAUUUGACCAAUUCGAAUGAGAAUGUUUUGAAGGUAUGGGUUAAGCUGGAAGCAUCGAGUUUGAUGCCGAACCUGACCAACCAGGCAACGGCAAUUGAGUACAGCAAAAACGACACAGUAGACGACUUGAAGGAUCGUAUCUUCGCAAAAUUCAAAAACACACGGUGGGCUUACGAGAACGAUAGUUUUGGCAUUGGAAUUGGCGUGCUAUGCCAGUGCGACCUCCAAAACAAUGGGGAAUACUUGCAUCAACAGCAACAGCAACAGCAACCACCGUUUUUGGCUCACGAAACACCCUCCAAAAGCUUCAGAAUGGAGCCUACCACAGACCAACUGCAGCAUCCGGUACCGACAAGUUCAGCAAACUUUAACGUGCGAACCACCUUAGCGCCAAACGUACCUAAAUCCUGGCAUGCUUCAAGGUCGUGCAGUCCCCGUGCUGCAACUCUGGACUCGCCGGUAGCACUUCAGGGAAGCAAAGUACCGAAUAUCGUGCCGAACUUAACGCCUGUGGCUCAACUGAGGCUGGCCAACAAUCACUCGACGAAUUCAGCCAGGGACUCUUGCUCACUAUCUCCUGUGAAAAGUGGUUUGGCUAAAAGGCUAUCUCCCGCUGUGGAAUCAGCCUCGACGGUAGCACCCAAGGCUGAUGACUUGCCCCGCUCGGUACCUCAUCAGUCGCUGCUGCAGCCUGACGAACUGGUCAUAGAUGUUUGCACGACCCUCUUCGGUGGUACCACAAACCAGAAACCCACAGAUGCUUUGCUGAUUUUUUCCGGCACCAACAAUGUACCUGUCUUCAAUGACAUAAGCGACGAAAUGGACGAACAACAACCCAUAGUGGAAGAUAUGAUAGACUAUCAAUUGGUAGUAGAUGAAGAAGAGCUCCGGAAAUUGAGUUUGACGAAUGACGAAGAAUGCGCGGAUCAGAAACAGGCCAUCUUAUUGCUGCCGCGAGGCUAUGAGGGUGAUGUUAAUCUGCCUUCGCCGAACGUCAAUUCCCCAUCUGCAACCGAUGACACGCAUGCAACUUUUACGUUCGACUCACCUGCACUGAAAAAUGCUCCCUUAGUGGAAGAAGAGGUCGGGCUGGUACCGUCUCGCGACCCUGUAGUGCAAAAAGAGGGGUCUCCUUUUCUGCGUACCGUACUGGAGACGGUCACUACGGAAUCUGUCACCAUAGACAAGGUGUUUGCCAAGAUUAAUAUUUUGAUUGUGGAAGACAACAUGAUCAACCAAGCCAUUCUAUCCUCCUUUCUGCGUAAGCACAAAAUAUCCUACAAAACGGCAAAGAAUGGUGUCGAAGCUGUAGAAAAAUGGGAAGAGGGAGGAACGCAUUUAAUAUUAAUGGAUUUAGGACUCCCGCUGCUGUCUGGAAUAGACGCUGCCAAGGAGAUAAGAAAGUUGGAAAAACUAAAUGGUAUAGGGACGCAGAAUCAGGUACUGAAACGCAGCCAGAACUCGGACUCGGCAUUUGCCAGAAACUUGGAACCUCGAAGAAGUCAUAGCUCUAAGGCACCCGUGAUCAUGGUUGCUCUCACGGCUUCAAACUCCAAUUCGGACAAAGCAGAAGCGCUUUUGGCGGGUUGUAACGACUAUCUAACUAAGCCAGUAAACCUUGAUUGGCUUGCGCGCAAAAUUACCGAAUGGGGGUGCAUGCAGGCUCUCAUUGACUUCAAUGAUUGGAAAGAGGGAAACGAAAAUAUAAGCUCUAGCCAUGACGGCAAAGCCCACGAGCCGUCCAAGCUCUCGAAUCAGAUAAAGAGGCCCAGCGUUUCUGAAAGUUGA